CGCGCUUAUAUGACGUCACGCCGCGUCACUGACAUCAGACGGAACGCCGCACAACUCAAAACGGAGUCGCAAAUAUGCUCUUCUACUCCUUCUUCAAGUCGCUGGUGGGCAAAGAUGUGGUGGUGGAGCUGAAGAACGACCUCAGCAUAUGUGGAACUCUUCAUUCGGUUGACCAGUACCUGAAUAUUAAGCUCACAGAUAUCAGCGUGACCGAUCCAGAGAAAUAUCCACACAUGUGCAAAGAUGGAGGAUGUGAGGGUGUCUUCAAAGUGGGACACAGAGGAUGUGAGGGUGUCUUCAAAGUGGGACACAGAGGAUGUGAGGGGGUCUUCAAAGUGGGACACAAGUGACGUCAGGAACCUUCUAGAAGGAAGCAGCCUGACGGUGGAGGUGUGCACGAAGGCGUCUCCAUGGCGACGAGAGGUGUCUUCAAGGCGCCUCGUUAAGGAGCGAGCAGCGGCAUUUUAAAAGUCAUCUUUCGGGAUAAACGCCAUACUUCCAUAAAAGCAAAAGGGCGUCGGCGGCGGGAUACGGAGCGGGGUGUCCCGGCUGGCCUGCUGCCUUACAUGGGCAAACCUCCGAACUGACGCGCCGCUUGGAAUUUCACCCGCGUGACGUCACCGGCCACAACUCUCCCAGAAUUUGGAUCGGGGAGUUCGGCCGCUUUUUGCUGGGAUUCUGCCCGCCGCCUGAUUCCCUCCGAAGCCAAG